AUGGGGAAGCAUUCUCACGGAGGUGACGCUUCAAGCGUCGAUCUCACGAAUCUAGCAUAUGUGGAGGCGACGCCAUCUUCUGCAUCAGCCACUGGCGACCCGCACUUGCAGAACAUCUACGGCGAAAGGUUCGACCUGAUGAAGGCGGGCAACGUCUCGCUCAUCCACGUUCCUCGCGGAGUUCCCGUGAAGGACAGCCUUCUCAUCGUCGAGGCAGACGCUCGCCGUCUAGGCGACUCUUGCGCUGACCUGUACUUCCAGACGCUCAGCAUCACGGGCAAGUGGGCGAGCUCGGACCUUCAUUUCAAUGCCCAGGAGCCGCCCGAGAGGAAGGCUACGUGGUUGCAGCUCGGUCCGGUGGAGCUUGGACGUACGGAGCAGGGCCAUCUCUACUUGAACUUGUUCGUCAAACACCUUGGACGCGCAGGCGCGGCUGUCGGUGGACUGCUCGGAGCAGAUGAUCACACUGAGGCAGCAACUGCAAGAGCAGAUUGCCACCACACCGUGGCACUUGCCAAGCAAGCGACGCGGUCUUCAGAUGCUUCAGUGGCCUCGGUUGCGGUCGCCUCUCUUUGA